AUGAGCCAGUCCAAGCUGGCCCCUAAGCGUGCAUUGUCUUUGGAAGAUCUUGUUCAUCAUGACGACAGGCUCGAGACCCCGAUUGAAAGGGCUCCAAAACCACUGCCUUCCGAAGAGAUUAAAAAAAGGCUGAGUGUUGAUGAGCUGAGUGGAUCUGACCACCAGGGGAACUCCGAAGCACACGAAAGGCAUACCAGUGAUACUAGGUAUCCAGAUGAUGAAACAGACACAGACGACGACGCUGGAAAUGGUGGAGAUGUGGUGUUUGGGAAUGGUAAUUUUAAAUUCAACUACGACGAACAAGAAAAGCAAGCGAAGGACGAGGUUCGUGAGCCACCGGAGGAAACUGAUGCAGUCGGUGAGGGCACACCUCCGAAAAUUGAGGAGUCUCAUAAAAAGGAUUUAAAAGCUGCCGAAAUUCAUGACAUAUUUCAAGAGAAGUCGUCUUUGCAGUCCAAACGGAAUGCAAUCAAAAAAGACCUCAAUCUCCUCAAAGAGAUUGCAGUGACAGCUAAACCGAGUAGAUACAAGGUCGCACCCGUUUGGGCCCAAAAAUGGCGCCCCACUGUGAAGGCUUUACAAAAUGUCAAUCCUCAAGAUCUGAAAAUUGACGCCUCAUUCACCAACAUAAUACCUGACGAUGACUUGACCAAAUCUGUUCAGGACUGGGUUUACGCUACGAUAGUGUCGAUACCGCCGGAUCAGAGGCAGUAUAUUGAAAUGGAAAUGAAAUUCGGCAUCAUUGUCGAGGGCAGCGACUCCAACAGAGUUAACCCGCCUGUGUCGUCGCAAAGCGUUUAUACCGAGAUUGACGGUCACCUUACACCUGAUGUUGACCAGAGAGUCUUUGAGGAAUUGAACAAAUAUGUGAAGGGACUUUCAGAACUAAGCGAGUACACCGGGAAAUUCAACAUGAUAGAAUCCCAUACGGUAGACUCACUGUACAGAGUGGGACUCUCUACGCAAAGGCCGAGGUUUCUGCGUAUGAGUCGCGAUCUCAAGACAGAUAGGGUCGGAGAAUUUAUCGAGAAAAGACACAUAUCUCAGCUGCUUUUGUAUUCGCCCAAAGACAGUUACGACGUUAAGAUCUCCAUAAAUCUAGAAUUGCCAGUUCCCGAAAACGAUCCACCUGAAAAGUUCAAAAACCAAACGCCUGUUAACACGAGAACCAAGGAUCGUAUAAGUUACAUUCACAAUGACUCAUGCACUAGAAUGGAUAUCACGAAAGUAGCUAACCACAACCAAGGCGUUAAGCAAAGGCACACCGAAACGACCCACGAGGUUGAAUUGGAAGUCAACACUGCUUCACUGCUGUCGGCAUUCGAGAAUAUCGCGACAGAUUCCAAGACUUAUGCUGCGAUCUUAAGAACGUUUCUGAAUAAUGGGACAAUCAUCCGAAGAAAGCUCACAUCUUUGUCCUACGAGAUAUUUGAAGGCCAGAAGAAAGCGUGA